CUUUCGUCGACCCCGAUGACUGCACCCCCCUCAAAACCAUCACCAAAUUCUACAACCACCCCGUCCACGUCGUCUUCCACGACACCAAGCUGGAUGCCAUGCUGGAGGAGUUCAAAAAGGGGAAGUCCCACCUGGCCAUCGUGCAGAAGGUGAACAACGAGGGCGAGGGGGAUCCCUUCUACGAGGUGCUGGGGCUGGUGACGCUGGAGGACGUCAUCGAGGAGAUCAUCAAGUCGGAGAUCCUGGACGAGUCGGAUACGUACACCGACAACCGCAGCAGGAAGCGGGUGGGCAACCAGAAGAACAAGCGGGACUUCUCGGCCUUCAAGGACCCCGUCAACGAGCUGAAGGUGAAGGUGUCCCCGCAGCUGCUGCUGGCCGCUCACCGCUUCCUCUCCACGGAGGUGACGCUCUUCACCCCCAACUUCAUCUCGGAGAAGAUCCUUCUGCGGCUCCUGAAAUAUUCCGAUGUCAUCCAGGAGCUAAAGUUUGAUGAGGAGAACAAGAAAUCCCCCCGCCACUUCCUUUACUGCAAGAACAAGGCAGCCGACUACUUCAUCCUCAUCCUGCAGGGCAAGGUGGAGGUGGAGGCCGGCAAGGAAUGCAUGAAGUUUGAAGCCGGAGCUUUCUCCUAUUACGGGGUGAUGGCCCUCAACCCCUCUCCUGUAUCUGAGAUCCGCUCCCCGUCCCACGUCAGCGGCCUGAACCGCUCGGCCUCCCUCAGCUACCACGAGCGCUCCGACUCCGUGUCCUCCCCCGUCAGCGGCAGCAACAACCAGCUCAACGCCGGCACCGGCGCCCAGUACGUGGCCGACUUCAGCGUCCGCGCCCUCACCGACCUCCAGUUCGUCAAGAUCACACGGCAGGAAUACCAGAACGGCUUGACGGCUUCCCGUAUGGACAGUUGUCCCCAGUCCCCCGACAGCAACGCUCCCAAACCAGAUCCGGGUUUACCGGAGAAACCGGAGCCCUCCGCCACCGCCGAUGAGACCACCAGUCUCCUGAACGAGAGGAACUGCCUGAGCCGCCGGAGCAACCACAGUCCCCUGGAAAAUUCCAUCUGACCCCGGCACGCGCCGGGAAGGACCUGGCGUGCCCGGAUUUGGGACUUAUUUUUUUUUCCCCCCUCCUGGUAGGAAACGUUUUGGCAUCUCCUCGGUGAUGCCAUGCCGGGUGCCGCGGUCACCGGAGAAGCCCGGUUGAGCUGGAGGGAAGCGGAGCCGGGAUUUGUUGCUGCUGCUGCUGCUUUCCAAACUGGCUGAUUUUUUAAAUUAAUUUCAACGGAUGACGGUGGCGACGGCACAAGGCUCCGCCGGCCGCCCCGGCGCUCGUUCAGCUCAGGGAGCUUCAGGUCUCGUCUGCCGCGUCGUGGGGGGCUCCACCGCAGCCCCCCCGGGAUGGGGAGCCUCUCCGGGGUGGGUGAUGGUGGAUGGGGGUACCCGGGCUGCGGCGUGACGGCGGCAUCUCGUUCCUAAUGGAUAAACCAGGAGCGAUGGAGCACCCCUUGGCCGUGCCCGUUCCCCUUUCCCGCUGGCACGGGGGCACCGGGGGAUGCGCGGCGGUGGCUCCGGAUGGCCGAGCCCCUCUGCCAGCCUGGGGGAUCCCCCCGCCCCCCCCAGCCCCUCUGCCACCCACCAGCAUCACGAGUGGGCUGAGGAUGGUGAGGGGCAGCACCCCCACCCAGCCCCCUCCCGGUUUCGGUGCCUUCCCCCCGUGCCGGGGGGGUGUCUCAGGGUGUCCGUGCCGGGUGGGGUGGGGGGUGGGCUGCGGGAUCCAGCUUUUUGGGGUGACACAAAGCUAGUGACCAAAGUUGUACAGGCAGGAGGGGGCCAGCGCCGUGCGUCGUCCCCCCACCCCCAGCAUCGGGGGACCCCCCAGGGUCAAGGGGACUCCCCAGUGUCAGGGGGACCCCCAGCACCGGGGGAGCCCCAGCAUCAGGGAACCCCCCCAGCAUCGAGGGACCCCCAGUGUAAGGGGGACCCCCAGCACCAGGGGACCCCUGACCCCUUGGGGCAGGCCAGGGGACCCCCGGUGAGCACUGGCCGGACCCCCCAGCCCCGGUUGCCGGAGCUUCGUGCCCGGGCGGUGGCGGGGGGAGGGGAGAAACCCCCCCCCAACCCCCACCCCAAAAAAAAAGCACAAAGUUCCCUGGGUGAACUGUAAGUUAUUGGGAGAAGGUUAAUUAUUUUUGUUAAUCAUGUCUUGACGAUCAGGUCCUAGAUCCUUCCGCGGGGAGAUAGUAGAAAUAAUAAUAAUAAUUAAUAAUAAUAAUAAUAAACCAAGACAAAAAAGCCCGUUUUUUAAUUAACUCUUCCUCUAUGCAAACCCCUCCCCCACCCCCCACCCCCUCUGGAAUUCGUAUUUAUUUUCCGCAUCAGGUUUGAUUUGUAUAUUUGGGGGAGGCUGGGCCCAGGGGGUGCGGGGGGGGCCGGGCCUCCCCCUCCCGGUUGUGGCCCCCUCACACCCGCCGCCCCCUCCCGGUUGUGGAAACCGACUGUGGAAUUUUAUUUGAUAGGAUUUUGGGGGGUGAGGGGUGCCAUUUGGGUAAUAAAAAUAUAUAUCUGUA